AUGGCUGGACUGUGGGAGCUGCUCUGCUCUCUGCAGCAGGGUCGUUUUGGGGCUCUCAUCCAUCUCCUCUGCCUUUUCUGCCUAGUUUCAGGUGCUCUUCCCUGGGAUAUCAAAAGGAGCUCAUACCCUUUGCAGGGCUUUGAGGUAGUGAGAGGAAAUUUCUCUCGGGACUUUCUUCACGUUGGCUACAAUAAGAUUGCAGAGAUUCCUGCAGGAGCAUGCAACAUCAGCGUCCAGGAGACAAAAAAGAGUCGAAAUUAUUUGGCCCUGCAGACCCGGAGCGGCAUCUCCAUCAUAAACGGAAACUGGGUGAUUGACAGACCUGGCACUUACUUUGCUCUUGGAACGCAGCUGAUCUAUAAACGGCCAAAUGAGAUCCAUUCCUGGAAUGGAGAAUCCAUCACUGCACCAGGACCCUUGACUGAUGACCUGCAUCUUUAUUUAAUUUACCAACAACCAGGUCCAAGUGUUCAUUAUGAAUACAGCAUACCUAUAAUUAUUCACUCUUCUCCAGAACCAGACACACCUGACAUAAUGCCUCCAGAUGACACUGAAGCGCAAUUGGAUGGAGAUGAGAGAGUCAACACAGAGGCCACCGUUAACAGCAUCACUGUCAAGGAUAAAACCCAUUCCAAAAAGGAUUCCUUUGACACCAGCAUCAACUUUGUAUCUCAGUCCACUUAUGUUUGGACAAAGACUGGACACACAGGAUGCAGCACAACCUGUGGUACUGGGACGCGUGCUGUAUUUUGGGAGUGUGUCGACAGUGACUCCCAGAUGACUGUUCCAGCUGACUUUUGUGACCUUUCCAAUGAACCAACAAACCAGGAGGACUGCAACGAAUAUCCCUGUCCUCCCUACUGGGACAUUGGGGAGUGGUCAGAAUGCAGCAGGAAGUGUGGGCCUGGCAGUCAGAUGCGUCAGGUGAUCUGCUGCCAGGUGACCCGAGUUCAUGACAAUGGGACAGAGACUUCUGUUGCUGUGGCGCCAGAGCAGUGCGGCACGUCUGAAAGGCCGAUGACACAAUCCACAUGCCAGCUGAAGAUCUGCAGUCAUUGGGAGCUCCGGUCUGACUGGAGCCCUUGCUCAGUGCCAUGUGGAGUGGGCCAGCGCAGCAGGGAAGUGGUGUGUGUGAGCAAUCAGGGGGUUGUGGAGGAUGAGCAGGAGUGCAACAUGAGCCUAAAGCCAGACUUUCUACAAAACUGUGAUAUGGGAGUCUGUGCAAGAAGCUGGUUCACCUCUCUCUGGAGCCAGCGGUGUUCUGCAGAGUGUGGUCGAGGGAAUAAAACCAGAUCGGUCGUAUGUCUCAGCAAUCGUGGUGGGAGUGAUCUCCCACUGGAUGGCUGUGAAGGGGACCGCCCACCAGCUGUGACAUCAUGCGAUGCUGGCCCCUGUCAAAAUCAGCUUGAGUGGUACACAGGACCUUGGAGCCAGUGUUCUGCAGAAUGUGGAAACGGCACACAGACCCGCAGUGCACUUUGCAUUUUCACCAACAACGGUCUACAAGAGGUUGUGGAUCAGUUCAAAUGUUCCGGUCUGUCUAAGCCAAUCACAUCGCAGCCCUGCAGACUGAAACCUUGUGGGGUCCAGUGGUACGUCACAGAAUGGAGUGCGUGCUCUCGCUCCUGUAACAGCGGCUACCGGGUGCGUGAGGUCCGCUGUCUCACUGACGACAUUGUUCCAAGUGACGACUGUCACCCCAUUUCAAUUCCUGAGAGUCGUGAGGAAUGCAACAAACAACCAUGUCUAACUGAAACGAAUCCACUUUGCAGUGACCAGUUCCAUAACUGCGUGUUAGUGGUUCAGGCCCGCCUCUGCGUUUACCCUUACUACACAAGAGUUUGCUGCACUUCCUGCUCUCGUACUCAGAGGACGUACCCCGUGUCAAUUCAAAGGAACCGCAUUCGUCGGUGAUACUCUUCUUGAAAGACAUGACCCAUGUCAUGCUAAGACAACAAAAGUACAAACUUUUAUCCGAUGACUAUCAACUUUGUUUGAAUAGUGCCUUAUUAUUAAAUUUGAAAAAAGAUCCGGUCUUCUAAAGUGAGGGAACUAAACAUUAACACAUGCACAAUAUACCACAAUUGUGAAUAUCUUCGUCGCUCCUUCCUUCUGGAUAUAUUUGAUUUUUGUAUUUCUGAAAAAAAAAAAAACAUCUUGUAGUUUCUCAGCUGUCUGAAGUUUUCAUUUAGUUUCUCAACAAGUUUUUAAAUUUUAGUUUCAGACUGUGUUUUGAGAGAACUAAGAAUAUUUGAUUUUGUAAAUUGACAAUAUGACUGGGUUUAAAAAAAACUUAAACCAAAUUGUUAGGAGGGAUUAGAAACAGAACAGUUAGAAACUCCCUUUUACAUUUUAUUACAUUAACUUUUCAUCACAUUAAUGGUUUAAACUUGGUUCACUAUGUAUUAUCAUCUCAAAAUUAUACUACAGAGCACAACCAAGACUAUUGUCUUGUAACAUUCCUCGAGCAUCCUCCCUGUUCAUCUUUGUGUGUCCCGGUGUAUGCGGUCUGCCAAAUGUCUGUGAUAACCUCAGAGAGAUCUGACACUUUUAGGUACUCUGUUCAUCUGUCUGUGACCCUGCGUACAAAUUUGUGCUCUUUGUUCGGAGUAAACCUACAAAAGCUAA